AUGUUGACUAAUAAUCUCAAGACGAAUCCAACCGUGCCAUUUGAAAGUGACAAUUAUCUCCCGGAAGGCCAUAUACUCUCUGAACAAGAGAGAACCUUCUUUGGAAACUUUCUAGAUUCACUGGCUGGCAGCCCAACAUCAAAAACGACACAGAACUCGAAUGAAUUGCAUCCUGGGCCCACUUCUAUUUUAUCCAAUCAUGGUCAUACGCACGACCGUAAAGAACCCCCUGCACAUACUACGGCAGCAUCCGCAUCAGCCAGGAUGUAUCUUCCUGUAGAACCCUGUGUUUCUCGUAGUAUGACCAUCCCAGCCUCACCUCCGAGAGCCUACCCGAGUCAGCUCUACUAUCCUCCAUACUCAGCAGCCAUAUCGAGCAACACGACACUACGACAGAUUGAAGCUCAACUUGCUGCUCAACAUCAUCAACAGCGACGACAGUCAACGUCAAACGAAAUAAUCACGACGGCUAUUGAUAAUAAUAAUAAUGCUGCUCCAACCCAACCACAUGUUCCGCUAGUUAGUAAUGCACCAUCAAUACCGUUUCAACAACAACAGCAGUCACAGCCGAAACAAGUACCACCUAUCGGCAAAGCGGCAAAAAAUAAUAGUUGUACCCCUGUCACGUCAAGUAUCAUAGUACCUAGUCAACCACCACUACAGGUGGCGAUUCCAACAGUAGCAGAAUCUGCUACACCAUCAGUCAAUCACAAUACGUCCUCGUCACCUCUACCACCACCAACAACACAAUCAUCAUCACGUCGACGAAGCUCUACGGCUUCUACAUCCAGGAAACGUAAAGCUUCUUCAACCAUAGAAGCACCUAGCACCAAGAAAGUCGCUGCUGCUGCUAUCGGUACAGGCGAUUGGCCUUCACCAAAGGAUAACGAGCCAUCCUCAUCUAAAUCUACUAAAACGUCAUCAAAUCAACGAGAGGAUGAUGAAGACGCACCAGAUGACACAAAUGCCGAUUCAAGAAGUGGUGGUGGUGCUAGCAGCAGUAGCCGUAGUCGAAACGCAGCAAAAGGACUACUAAGUGAAGAAGAGAAACGCAACAAUCAUAUCGAAUCGGAGAAGAAGAGACGACAGAAUAUUAGGACUGGGUUUGAUCAAUUACUUGAUUUGGUGCCUAAUGUGAGACGUCAGCCGAGGUUGAGUGAAGCUGAGAUAUUGCAACAUGCUUUGGGUUACGUCAAGACAUUAUUACAAACCAAGACGGAUUUGAAGGCUAAAGCUACUCGAUUACGUGGACAUUUACGUGACGUUGAUAGUGAUUCAGACGAUUCAUCUGAUGAUGAUGCAUUGAACUUGAAUUUACGACGACCUCAGCAUCAGUCCGGAGGCUCGUCAUCGUCAUCAUAA